AUGGACCCGCUGCUUUUCCAGGGAGACAGGGAUAUUGAUCCAGAGGGUCUCUGUCCACCUCCUGCGUGGACGAUGCUCAACAGCGACAUGUAUUCCAACAAAGUCGGGGCCUACAUCCCAAAGUCCCUGGUUUCAUGGGAGUAUGUCAUGUGGGAUGCAGAGACCCUCCGGAAGAUGCGCGCAGAUAGAGCCGUCAUCCUCGCGGCCGGCCACGGACUGCAGUGA